CCUUAAAAAACCUCCAAACCCCCUCUUCAUCUUCUUCUCACUGUCUUUGUCUUUGUCUUUGUCCCUGUCUCCGUCACGUAACUCCCCUCUUUCUCUAACUCCCUGUCUUCCAAUCCCAAAUUUCACAAACGCCCAUGUCGGAAUCACUCAAGCUCCCUCGCCGCACGUGACUCCCACGCCUUCUCAACUUCUCCCGUCGUUUUGGCUGCAUUUGGCUGUUGACCGUAACCUCAACUGGUGAUCUGGCUGCUAGUGUAAUCAAGUAUUCAUGGGGGAUUGUGGGGUUUUGGUGCUGAGUGAAGCAAUUUGAAGGGGAAAAGGGUGCUGGGUUUUCGUCAGAGAUGCAGGGAUUGCGAUCUGGCAAGUUGAAGGUUGAGCAAGAGAAGCAAACAGUGGUGGAAAACAACUGUGGGGAUGAGAGUGGGAAUGGUGGUGUUGUUGAGAAGAAGAAGAAGAAGGUGAAUGAGGGAGUGCCAAUUGUCGGGCGGGUUCUGCGGUCGAGGGUUGUGGGGAGUGGUGGUGGUGAGGGAGGAGUGGAGUUUGGGAAGAAGAGGAGGUUGGUGAAUAAUGGGGAUGGUAAGAAGGGGGAGGAAGAAAAGGAGGGUGGUAAUGUGGGAGUUUCCGGUAGGGUUCUGCGGUCAGGGAGUAUUGCUGUUAUGGAGGAUGUGGGAGAUGUGAAGAAAAAGAAGAGGCAGAGGUUAAUUAAGAAGGGUGAGAAUGUUGUGGAUGAUUGUUUUGAGAAGGGGAAGGAAGAGGGGGUUGAUAAAUUGUUGAGUUCUGGCCUGGUUUUGCGGUCAAGGACUGUGGCAAAUGGUGAUUGCGAUAAGUCGGAGAAUGGUGGUGGUAAAAUUGAGAGUGAUGGUGAUAAGGCAGAGAGUGAUGGUGUUAAUGCAGAGAAUGAUGGUGGUGGUGAUAAGGUGGAUAGUGAUAUGGGUGUUAAGGCAGAGGCAGAGAGUAAUGGUGAUAAGUUGGAGAGUAAAAAUGUGGAAGUAUAUGAGCUUGGGCAGGAAUUGGUUGGUAAUGGUGGUGGUGUGAAUGAAAAUAAGGUGAAGGAAACAGAGGUGGGUGAUAAAACGCCUGUUGCUAUUCGGGUUCUGCGGUCACGGACUGUGGUGAAUGGUGGGUCUAAGGCAGAAAGUGAUGGUGCUGAGGCGGAGAGUAGUGUUGAUAAGGGGAAGAAUGAUGGUGUUAAGGCAGAGAGUGAUGUUCUCAAGGCGGAGAGUGGUGUUGAUAAGGGGAAGAAUGAUGGUGUUAAGGUAGAGUGUAAUGGUGAUAAGGCAGAGGCAGGGACUAAUAGUGAUAUGGGUGAGUGUGAACACAUGGAAGUAGCUGAGCUUGAGAAGAAAAGUAGGUUGGUUGGUGAUGGUGGUGUGGAUAAAACGAAGAUGAAGGGAACAGAGGUUGGUGAUAAAACGCCACUUGCUGAUCGAGUGCUGCGGUCACGGAUUGUGGUGAAUGGUGGGUCUAUGGCAGAGAGUGAUGGUGCUCGUGUUACGGAACACAGACAGAAGGAUAUGUCUCAAAAGAAACUCAGUGAUGUGAAAAAUGGAGGUUCAAUUCAGUUAAUUACAGGGUUUACACAAAAUUUUAAAGGUAAGCAUGGCAGACCACCCAAGGUGAACAAGGAAGAAAGUGGGAGGUCGGAUGAUGGACUUAGACAGCUAAAAGGUAAGCGUGGGAGACCUCAAGUGUCAGAAAAGGAAGAGAAUAGUCUCUUGAAUGGUCGGUCUAAAAAGAAGUUACGAUCUGGGCAGGACAAGAGUGAUGUUUUGAAAGGAAAUCUUGACAAGAAAUGUAACGUGUACUUCAGAAGCAAAUCGGGUUCUAAGUCACAGCAAAGAUUGAAAUCAAGUACAUUAAUCAAUAAUUCGCAUUUGGAGAGGAAGAGGAUUGGAAAACAAUUUGAUUUAAAGGCCUCUCCUCAAGCUAAAAAGGUUAAAAGAGGAAGAUAUUCGGAGAGUGAAGGCAGUGAGCAUAAAGAUGGACAUAAUGUACAGAAACAAAAACAAUGUGGAAAGAAAAAACAGGAAAGCAAGUCAAAGGAUGGCAGACGUGAGCUAAAACAGGCAGUGAGCGAAAAAAUAGUGAAAAUGAUUCUGGCUGCGGGCUGGAAAAUCGAUCGUAGGCCGAGGAGCGGCAGAGAUUACAUGGAUGCAGUGUAUGUAUGUCCAGCAGGAAAGACUCACUGGUCAGUAACCAAAGCUUAUGAUGCUUUGAAAUUGGGUUGUGAAAAUGGUGAUCCAAUGGCUUGUAGCAGCGGUUUCAAUUUUACGCCAAUACCACCAGAGGAACGCAGCAUGCUUCAGAGGGUUGGGGGCGAUAGGAAGAAGAAGAAAACGGGCGGAGGACAAGGAAAAAAUAAAGCAAAGCAGAGGGCAAAGGAUGGGGACGCAUCGGAUGGAGGAGUUGAAGAGAAGAAGAAAAAGAAACUCGUUAAGUCAUUGAAAGGGAAACAUCUGCUUCUUGAGAACAAUGGAUCAACAAGUAAAGCAUGUCAGGGAAAGCGAAGUUUGGUCCAUCGUCACAAGUGGCAGAAGACUCAGAAUAGAAAGCGAUGUGCUUUGUUAGUUCGCAACUCUGAGAAUGCAGAUUCUGAAAAAGGCGGCUACAUACCUUACUAUGGGAAGAGAACAGUACUUUCCUGGAUGAUUGACUUGGGAACCCUGUCACUUAAUUCAAAGUUGAAGUACAUGAACAAGAGGAAGAGACAAGUGCUGCUUGAGGGUAAAAUUGCAAGAGAUGGAGUUCAUUGCAGUUGCUGUGACGAAACCAUCUCACUUUCAGAAUUUGUUAUUCAUACCGGAAGUGAUUAUUCUGAGCCUCUUAGACAUAUAUUGACGGACUCUGGAUCUUCCCUUUUGCAAUGCCUGCUAAAGUCAUGGAAUAAACAGGAAGAGUCUGAACGUCGAGGGUUUCACUUCGUAGAGGUUACUGAGGAAGACCCAAAUGAUGAUACAUGUGGGAUCUGUGGAGAUGGAGGAGAUUUGAUCUGUUGUGACGGUUGUCCAUCAACAUUCCACAAAAGUUGCUUGGAGAUAAAGAAGUUCCCAUCUGGCAAUUGGCACUGUGUAUACUGCUCGUGCAAAUUCUGUGGGAUGUUUGAUACGGAUAUGCCUCAAAGGGAUGAUUUUGAAGAUGUAUAUGCGUCAGCAUUACUUACCUGCCAUCUGUGUGAGGAAAAAUAUCAUCAAUGCUGUUUUCGGGCAAAGGAUGCUGUAAAUGGUGAUUCCAGCAGUUCAUUCUUCUGUGCAAAGAAUUGCCAAGAGCUAUUUGAGAAACUGGAGAGACUUCUUGGAGUUAGGCAUGAAGUGGAAGAAGGGUUUACAUUGACUCUUCUUCGUCGAUAUGAUUUGGGUGAUACACCGCAGAAGGUUGAUUGCAGCUCAAAGCUAAUUGAAUGCAAUGCCAAGCUGGCUGUUGCAUUUUUAAUAAUGGAUGAGUGUUUUCUGCCUAUGGUUGACCACAGAAGUGGAGUCAAUCUGAUCCAUAACAUUCUUUACAAUCGUGGGUCAAAUUUCAACCGACUGAAUUACGGAGGUUUCUUCACAGCCAUUCUAGAGAGGGGUGAUGAGAUUGUAUCUGCUGCAACCCUCAGAAUCCAUGGAAACUAUUUAGCAGAGAUGCCGUUUAUUGGAACCCGCUAUCUGUAUAGGCGUCAAGGAAUGUGCCGCCGGCUUCUAAGUGCUAUUGAAUCCGCUCUCUUCUCUCUCAAUGUCGAAAGAUUGGUCAUACCUGCAAUUUCAGAACUGACGGAAACAUGGACUUCUGUUUUUGGUUUCAAGUCCCUUGAAGAAUCAAGCAAGCAAAAGAUGAAGAACAUGAAUAUCUUGGUUUUCCCUGGGGUAGAUAUUCUACAAAAACCAUUGUUGAAUCAGUUAACAGAAACAAACGAGAGUCCUGUUAAAGAUUUGAGUUUCACGGAUCUUGAGCAUCACAAAAUCAUGAAGGAUGUGGUAUAUAAUACUGAUGAGGGACCUUUGGCUCGAUCUGACAGUGAAGCAACUGUAUCCUGUGUGCAUGAGGGAAAUGUUGAGCUUGCUGCUGUUGAGUCUGACACACAACAUCUCUGUUCUGUUUUUCAUGAUGAUCUGGAGAGCAAGAGCAGUACGAUUCCAUUUCCUAUCGAUUCAGUGUGUGAUGUUCUCAAAUUAACCAAAGAGAUGAAUGGAUACCAAAAUUCUACCUCUGUUGCUGAUAUGAGGACAUUGUAUUUGGUCAGCAAACAUAAGCAGCCAGAGCUGUUAUGUGAUACUGCUGAGGGUUUCUUGGCUGGAGCAGCCACCGAGGCAACUGCAUCCUUGAUACACAAGACAAAUGAAGAACUUGUUGCUGUUGAAUCUGAUGUAGAGCUUCUUUCUGGUGUUUCACGUGAUAAUUUGGAGGGUGAAAACAAUACUAUGACAAUUCCUACUGGUUCAAUUAGUGAUGCUCAAGAACAAACAGAUGAUACCCAGCUUCUUUGUGGUGAGAAUCAUACUUAUGAUCAGAAGGAAAAGAGAAAUGAACAUCGAAAUUCAGGCCCUGUUCCUGAUUUUCAUGAAGUGGAAUUUGGCACCAAAUACAACCGACAUAGCAUGUCUAAAGUGGAAUGGAAAUCUGAUCUUCAUUCUGAAUGUACUGAUUCUGCUAGAGAAGUUUGUGGUUUGGGGCAGGGUACCAAGAACAUUGACCAUAAGGUGACAAUAGAUGAUGACAAUGUUAAACCCCUUGGUUUGCAUGAUGAAGGAUUUUUACACCCAUGUACCGAAAAUAAUGCUACUGAGCUGCAGAUGGUCUCUUCGGUUCAUGCGGCCAAUCAUUCCAGUGAAACAAUAGUUUGCACUGACUCAGAGAUUACAACUCAGGUAACUCAUGAUGCAAGGGACCAUGCGAAUCAUGAUUCUCAACAUUUUCUGGUUGAAAGAUCUAUUUCAUAUCCAGAUGUAAAGACGCUUGAGACUUUUGUGGAGAAUAACCAUUCUUGUAUUCAGCACACUUCUGUAGUGACAGCAGGGGUGCAUCCAGAAUCCGAGCGUUCAGACUCUAGAAUUCUAACCAAAACUAGCCAGGUAGACGGUGAUGAAUUCUGCCAGGCUACCCGGUUGACUCAUGAAAAAGUAGAUGAUUCUAAAGGUCAUUCUACAACUUUGCUGUUUGGCUGCAGCAUUACUUGUAUAUCUGGCAAUGGUCAGGACACUCACAAAGUUGCCUCCACUACAGCAGACGAUAAUUCUCAUUCUUUGUGCGGGGCGAAUAUUGAAAGUGAUGAGACUUUGAAAGCCCCUGAUGCCCCUGGUGUCAACUUAGACAGUAAUGGGAAUUCCAAGUCUCCUGACGUCUCCAUUACAGCUGACGAUAAUUCGCAUUCUUUGUGUGGGGUGAAUAUUGAAAGUGAUGAGACUUCGAAGGCCACUGAUGCCCCUGUUGUCGGCUUAACUUCCUGUGGGGCUAAUAUCGAUAGUAAUGGGAAUUCCAAGUCCCCUGAUGUCUCCACUACAGCUGACGAUAAUUCUCAUUCUUUGUGCGGGGUCAAUACUGAAAGUUAUGAGACUUCGAAUGCCCCUUGUGUCGAGUUAACUUCCUGUGGGCAUAAUAUCAAUAGUAAUGGGAUUGCUAAGUCCCCUGAUGUCCCUGCUGUCAACUUAUCUUCAUGUGGGACUAAUAUAUAUAGUAAUGGGAAUGCCAAGUCCCCUGUUGUCCCUGGUGUCGAAUUCAGUUCCGAGGGGGAUCAUACGAACACCAAAUCCUUGCAGCAAUCUGAUUUUGAUUCUGGUGUUGAUAAUGACAGUCUCAGACAGCUCAACUCGAGCAAUACAUGUGCCGCUGGCAAGGGUAACUCAUUUGGUGCUUCGGAGGUGACAAUUUUAUCAAACCAGGGCCAGGCUAGUUGAUCUUAUGUUUAUAUACUGACAGGAGGCUUCUUGGUUGCAGUCUCUUAUAGGAGAGUAACAUCAUUGAAAAGUUGACAGGUGACUUUUGUUAUUUGUAGAAGAAACGAACUACAGUUUUUGAAUCCUUCACUGUCAGGUGGUGAAACCUGAUCAUUGGUCGAUUUCAUAUCUUUCCCAUCAUAGCGAUGGAAGUAAAUAUAUAAUUUUGCUACCUAUA